AUGACAGCAUUGGAUUGCGUCUUGUCUUGCUUUGGGGAAAAAACUUGCAAAUCUUUCAAUUAUGCUGAACCUACUUCUGUCAAUGACGGUGAAGGGAAUUGUGAAUUACAUAAUGAAACCAAGAAUGAUGAUGAAAAUUCAUUGCAAUUCCUGAAAGAUGAUAGAUACACCUUCUACCAGAUACCUGGAGCAUCACAUGAAUCAGAAAACAAACACACGACCGAAAAUGCAACUGAAGAGGUACUGUAUCUAUCUAUCUUAAAUAAUUCAUUGUUGGCAAAAAGUCAAAUUUCGUGCAAGGAGAAAGUUGCUUUCAUUGCCACGUUAAUUCUUGUCACUUAUGCAACAAAGGUUCAUGUAAUAUGCUUUUUUUUACUUAUAACUUCGCCUCUAGAGCUGUGCGGUUAUCCGAAAGAUAGCACCUGAAAUCACCGGAAAUCGGCACCAAGUUUGCGCAAAAGAACCGGUAGUUUCGUUUUCCACGUGUCGUUCUCACUUUAUAGUCGACUGUGUCGCUCUCACUCUGAGGAAAAUGAAAUUUUUAAGGAAUUUUAAGUUUUGUUCUAAUACUACGAAAAAAGGCCCUAUUACUUGGUCUUUAAGACGCAAACAAAGACAUUUCCUUUUUGAAAAAAAACGAAGACACCGAAUCAAGGCUCUUCCACCCCAAAAAGACCGAAACCUAGAUGAAAUUUCUGGAACCGCACAGCUCAUUCGCCUAAGUAGCAAGUGAGAAGAUAAUUAAUUAAGUGGGGUUUCAUUGUAUAUAGGGACCGCUAUAGGAAGAGAAUUAUAAGUUAAUUAAUUACCUAUAUAUGGCAAAUGUAUUGUUACAAGCUGUCAGCUGGCAAUUGUGAGAGUUAAUUAAGGCAUUGGUGAACAAGACUUUAUAGUGUUGGAUGUGAUUUUGAGUUUAAGUUUACGGCAGCAAAUUUAGUAUGAUAUCGAUUUUCGUAGCCUAUUUUGAGUUUAAUGCGCUCAAAAUGCGGACAAUGCACCACAGUUAAUAUUAUUAAGUUACUAUUCUGCUAACUUUAAACACCUUUAACUUAAAACCCGCUACAGAAAUCAUACUUUUAAGUACAUUUAAAAAUGUUCAACAUAUCAAAAUGUGGAGAUUGCAUGCAUGCACUAUACAAUUAAUAAACUAUUAAGUUACUACUCUGCUAACUUUAAUAGUAGCCCAUAUAGUUUUUUUUUACAGUGAACUUGAAAUAUUGCAAUUUUAGUCAACAUAGUAUUUAUUAAUAAAUAUUGGCUCUAGAGCUAAAAUCAUGCAAACAUGGGAAAAUAUAUAGUCUUCAUGUUUCGCUCGCUACUCUGGUUUAAAUAAAUGAUUACAAAGCCCAGUCGAAUUGUAAUCAAGACCCAACGUUUCGACACUCCAGUCUAGUGUCUUCAUCAGGGGUGAUCUAAAAUUGCAAUCGUGGCUUCUUAAAUACCCAAGGGAUGACGUCACCUGACAAUGAGAUGCAUAUAUUCCUCUGGCAAAUAGGCACCGCCAUCCCUAUUCAAAGCAUGAUUACUCAUAUUUAUAUGCCACGCUUCUAGGCAAAGUCUUUGACCAUAUAGCGAUUAUUUGUGGUAAUCACUUUAGAGUUUUCCCACGCAAUAGGGAUGACGGUGCCUAUUUGCCAGAGGAAUAUAUGCAUCUCAUUGGCAGGUGACGUCAUCCCUUGGGUAUUUAAGAAGCCACGAUUGCAAUUUUAGAUCACCCCUGAUGAAGACACUAGACUGGAGUGUCGAAACGUUGGGUCUUGAUUACAAUUCGACUGGGCUUUGUAAUCAUUUAUUUGAACCAGAGUAGCGAACGAAACAUGAUUGAUAUACCUGGUUGCAGUGAACGAACAAACUUUAAAUAUAUAGUCUUGUUCACCAAAAUUUAAAGUUAGCCAACCGCUUAAAACUUAUAUCAUUUCUAGUACACAUAAAAAUUAUUGAUGUUCUAAACGUCCUAGGCAAACAAACCUGCCUCAAACAGAAGUUGUCUUGACCAUUUCAACCAUGGUAGUAAAACAUCGGGUGAAUACACCAUCCUUGAUUGGCAGCAACAACAACCUCGCACAGUGUAUUGUGAUAUGGAGUCGGAACCUGGAUCUGUUUGGACUCUUGUCUUGUCCUUCACAAGAGCAAACAGACAAUGGGGUCAAUUCAGAGGCAAAGCAAUGUAUGAAGAUGCCCCAGAGAAAGAGUAUUCUCCAAAUUGGUCCAACUACCGGAUGGGCCUGAAUCAAAUGACCGACCUGAAGAACAAGACAACUCACUGGCGAGCUACAUGCAGUUUUCCCACAUACAGAUUCGACAUCCGCACUAACUACGUGCGAGCUGUUUUCACAGAUUUUGAUCUCAUGGGUGAAUUUUGGGAUGAAUGCAAGAAAGUCGAUUAUAUUAGUGUCAUGAGCCAGAGUUGCUCAGAAUGUACCUCGCACUGGUGGCAAAGUAGUAGGUACAACUAUGCUCCACACAUAUAUGCAGGUGAUCCAGGUGGUAUGUGUGAUGUAAAAAGUGAUAAAAGUUAUACAACCUAUUUUGGUGCGUACGAAAGUUACAGUACGGCAUUUCGUUGUACAGCUACUUCUGACUCGACAACAAAUUACUGGUUUGGAUCUUAUGUGUGA